GGGGGAUCUGCGCAUGCUUUGCCCUAAUGGGUAGCGAGCGAACUCUGCAAACAAGAAACAUGCCGCCUAGAAACAAGGCCGCCAAAAACAACAUUCAGGAUGGCGCCCUUCCUCAACAGCAAGAUUGCUAUGAAGGAGAACGGCUCAUUCACGUGCUUAAAUCAAUCCGAAGAGGGAUAGAGUCAGCCAGAGCGCUGGCUGGAAACUCCUUGCCUGAAAAAGUGUGGCUUAAGCAACAAUUUGCAAUCGGUGUUAAUGACGUAACACGUGUACUUGAACGGAUGGCAGCCAUUAUUGACGAGGGGAGCACUGCCCAAUCACCUUUUGUUAGACUUCAGGCUAUAUUGUUAGCUGCUGAUUGCAACCCAAAGUGGCUGACGAAGCACCUGCCAACGUUGGCUAAAUCAAGAAAGGUACCAUUGAUCAUUGUUAAAGAUGAUAAAAAGGGGUCCUUAAGAUUGGGUGAGCUUGUAAAGCUAAAAACAGCUGUUGCAAUUGGAGUAAAGGCUCGAGGAAGUGCUAUCAAUCAAAUCAUGGAGGAAAUUCUUGAUGGUGACGAACCCAAUCAAAGGGCUCUGCUUCAAGUUCAAUGACUUGCCAGUUUUUUUUUUUUUUUUUUGCAGUCAGAAUGGAAGGAAAGAGCUGUCUAUUAUUAUUAUUUUAUUUUAAUUCUAUGUUGUUAUGGCCCCUAUGGUAAUGACAGGGAUUUAAAAUGUAGAAAUUGAUAUCUACGAGAAACCAGCAGAAAAGCCUCACAUGAUUGAGAUCUGUUGUUUGUUUGAAAAA